AGCUGCUCGUUGCUGUGGACCGGUCGGCGGCGCUUUCGGCCCCGAGUUCCAGAUCUCAUGGACGUCGGAGAGUUACUGAACUACCAGCCUGACAGAGGUGCAAAACGGCCCCGUGGUGCUGAUGAAGAUGAUGACGAUUUAAAGGUAUCGCACAAAUAUGGUACAGCCAGGGACAGAAGAAGUUACUAUGAAGAUGCGAGCCUUCCAGUGGAUGAAGAGGAUGAAGAAGGAGGCAAGAAGAAAAUCCUAGAUUUAAUGGAAAAUGAUGAGGCUGAACCUUUAGAUGAAAGCUCAGUGAAGAAGAUGAUUCUGACGUUUGAGAAGAGAGCCUAUAAAAACCAGGAGCUACGCAUUAAGUUUCCAGAGAAUCCAGAGAAGUUCAUGGAGUCAGAGUUGGAUUUAAACGACAUCAUUCAGGAGAUGCACGUGGUUGCCACUAUGCCGGAUCUCUAUCAUUUGCUUGUGGAGCUGAAUGCUGUGCAGUCCUUGAUUGGUCUCCUCAGCCAUGAAAACACUGAUGUCUCCAUUGCGGUGGUCGACCUACUGCAAGAGCUGACUGAUAUAGACACGCUGCACGAGAGUGAAGAGGGAGCCGAGGUUCUUAUAGAUGCUUUGUUGGACGGUCAAGUGGUGGCACUGCUGGUUCAGAACCUGGAACGAUUGGAUGAAUCGGUGAAGGAGGAAGCAGAUGGUGUUCACAAUACCUUGGCUAUCAUAGAGAACCUGGCUGAAUUCCGCCCAGAGAUGUGCACUGAGGCAGCCCAGCAGGGUCUUAUGCAGUGGAUGCUGAAAAGAAUAAAGGCCAAGAUGCCUUUUGAUGCCAACAAACUUUACUGCAGUGAAAUUCUUGCAAUUCUGCUUCAAAAUAAUGAUGCCAACAGAGAAUUACUUGGCGAGCAGGAAGGGAUCGACGUGUUGCUGCAGCAGCUGUCAGUAUUCAAACGUCAUAAUCCAAGUACUAAUGAAGAAUUUGAGAUGAUGGAAAACCUCUUUGACAGUCUCUGUUCAUGUCUGAUGCUGAGCUCAAAUAGGGACCGAUUUCUAAAGGGGGAAGGACUGCAGCUCAUGAACCUAAUGCUCAGAGAAAAGAAAAUGUCUCGAGCCAGUGCCUUGAAGGUUUUGGACCAUGCCGUGAUUGGUCCCGAAGGAUCUGAUAAUUGCCACAAGUUUGUGGAUAUCCUCGGACUGCGGACAAUAUUCCCUCUCUUCAUGAAAACACCGAAGAAAAUGAAGAAAGCUGGUAUGACAGAAAAAGAACAUGAAGAGCAUGUUUGUUCUAUUCUGUCAUCCAUGCUACGGAACUUGAAGGGACAGCAGCGAACACGGCUACUCAACAAAUUCACUGAAAACGACUGUGAAAAGGUCGACCGACUGAUGGAGCUGCAUUUUAAGUACCUGGAAGCUGUGCAGGUGGCUGACAAAAAGAUUGAAGGAGAAAAGCAUGACAUGGUCCGUCAAGGGGAAAUAAUUGAUGAUGACAUGGAAGAUGAAUUUUAUCUGAGGCGCUUGGAUGCUGGUCUCUUUGUCCUUCAGCUGGUUUGCUACAUUAUGGUUGAGAUUUGCAAUGCAAAUAUCCCUCAGAUUAGGCAGCGUGUGCACCAGAUCUUGAAUAUGCGAGGUGGUUCCACCAAAGUGGUCAGACACAUCAUGAGAGAAUACACCGAAAACAUUGGAGAUGGAAAGACUGAUGAGUAUAAAGAAGCUGAACAGAAAAGAAUUCUGGAUCUGCUUGAACAUUUCUGAAAGCAAAUGCUGUCGGAAACUGUUACACACUGCACUGGAGAAGUUUCAAGAAACUCAAUGAAAAACUUACAAUUGGAGGUGGCUCUGCCCAUUCCUUUCGAAUCUCACUGAGCUGGGAAAUGCAAGUUAAUUGGAAUCCACUGCAUCAUGUAUUUAAAAAGUGAGCCUCCUCUUCAGCAAGAACUGUGGUGUUCAUGGCGUUGCAGAACACUUUGCUCAAUUAAAUUGCCACUCUUACAGCAGAGGAUUUUUUACUUUUGUAAUACAGUUGUCCUAUC